GCGCAGUAAAGGAGGAGGUCUUCCCAGGCAAACUGAACCAACUCUGUCCACUUCUGUUUUCUCCUGCUACCUCAUCCACCAGCCGCUUCCUGCAAACAUCUCUCUCCGUGUUUAUUUACCGGAUCUUACCGCUUGUACAAUCUUCUGCGCUGAGGAAAUCUCUGUGAAAUCUCCCUGUAAGCUGCUCGAAACCAGAAGUGCCAACCACAGGAAUCGGUUUGUGAACGCGCGCGUGUGCGUCUGUGGGCGCGCAUUUGUGUUUCCACUGCAGUUUAAUUGCACUUUUGUGUUCUCGUGCCUCUCUCUUCGGCCCUCGGUGGAUUCCACUCGCGGUGCGACCAUGUUUGAAGCGUCGAGGAAGCUGUUUUUCACGGACUGUCGUUGUGCUGGAGGAGAUACGUCCAACACUUACGAGGAGCUGUUCGCCAAACUGGACGCGAACAAGGAUGGGAAAGUGGACGUGUCCGAGCUCAAGGCAGGGCUCGCUGCCAUGGGCAUCAAGACCGGCAGAGGAGCAGCUCAGAAAAUAGUUUCUUCUGGAGACUCGGACAAAGAUGACGGCCUCGACUUCACUGAGUUUUCCAAAUACUUAAAGGAGCACGAGAAGAAAUUAAAGCUGACCUUCAAGAGUUUGGACAAAAACAAUGAUGGUCGGAUAGACUUCCUGGAGAUAAAGCAGUCACUUGCUGAUCUGGGAGUGGACAUCAGCCAGGAGAAUGCAGAGAAGAUCCUUAAAAGUAUCGAUGUGGAUGGCACCAUGACUGUGGACUGGAAUGAAUGGAGGGAGCACUUUCUGUUCAACCCAGCCACAAAUCUGCAGGAGAUCGUCCGCUACUGGAAGCACUCCACGGUGCUGGACAUCGGUGACAGCCUCACCAUCCCAGAUGAGUUCACAGAAGAGGAGAAGAUGUCUGGUUUGUGGUGGAAGCAGCUGUCGGCAGGAGCCAUGGCGGGUGCUGUGUCCCGUACAGGAACUGCCCCGCUGGACAGAAUGAAGGUCUUCAUGCAGGUGCAUGCAUCUAAGAGUAACAAAAUCAGUCUGGUUGGUGGUUUCAAGCAAAUGUUAAAAGAAGGAGGCGUGGCUUCGCUGUGGAGAGGAAAUGGCGUCAACGUCCUGAAGAUUGCCCCCGAAACGGCCAUUAAAUUCAUGGCGUAUGAGCAGUAUAAGAAGCUGCUGUCCAGUGAGCCAGGCAAGGUCAAGACCCAUGAGAGGUUCAUCGCUGGGUCACUGGCUGGAGCCACAGCACAGACUGCCAUCUACCCCAUGGAGGUGAUGAAAACCCGCCUGACUCUGAGGAAGACCGGACAAUACUCAGGAAUGUUUGACUGUGCCAAGAAAAUCGUAAAAAAUGAGGGAUUGAAGGCAUUUUACAAGGGCUACGUUCCCAAUAUCCUGGGCAUCAUUCCCUACGCUGGUAUAGAUCUGGCUAUAUAUGAGAGCUUGAAGAACCUCUGGUUGUCCCGCUACGCCAAAGACACAGCCAACCCAGGUAUUCUGGUCCUGCUCGGCUGUGGUACCAUAUCCAGCUCAUGUGGCCAGAUAGCCAGUUACCCUCUGGCUCUGAUCCGCACCAGGAUGCAGGCACAAGCAUCCAUAGAGGGCUCAGAGCAGCUGCCAAUGAACCUCAUGGUGAAGAAGAUUGUGGAAAAGGAAGGCUUCUUUGGACUUUACCGUGGCAUCUUGCCCAAUUUCAUGAAGGUCAUACCGGCCGUUAGCAUCAGCUAUGUAGUCUAUGAGUACAUGCGGUCUGGCUUGGGGAUUCAGAAGUAGGAAGCGGAGUCAUCUGUGACGACCAGAGAACGAAAGAACGUACAGUGGCAGUUUUGUAUUUCAAAGCCCUUCCCUCCUUACAAAUCCAGAGAAAGUGUCAUGAUAAGAACGUGUUUACCUGUUGCCCGUUUACCUGGACUCAGACUCUUGCACUGUAGCCGUUUUACAACGACUCCAGAACUGUGGCUGUUUUAGAAUGAAUAGACGUCUACAGUGUUUCUGCCUGUGUGGAGUUAAUUCAGGCUGCAUUUGUGACGCCCUCAAAGAUUUAAGUGCACUGUCAGUCUCAGGCCAGUUUACUGACCUUCCACUUAAUUAACCAAAGACGUAGAUAAUUAUAGACACCUGGUUAUUUUUUUUUUAUUUCAAGACAUUUUGGAUUUAUUUUUUACUUUAAUUUGCUUUUAAGUCUUCAACAGGCAUACGCUAUAUGGACAAAAAUAUUCGGACACCUCACCAUUACAUCAAGGACGUAUUCAAAACAUAUACAGUACUUGAAUGUGGAGUUAUCUUUUUGCCGCUAUAAUAGCUUCCACACAGGUGUGGUCUCCUCGUCUAACACUAGUCCGACCAAAAGUCUCUCACUGUUCAUUUCUGACACGGCUCACUGUAAACUCACCGAAACAUUUUUCUUUUGGCUGUGGAUUUCACUCAAGUGUUGCUUUUACAUGUUCAAGGAGAUUAGUAAACAGUCAGUGCCUUAUGUGAUUUCUGUGUAAUGUUCUUGCCUUUCUUUCCAGAAUUUGGUGAAUUAGAUGAUGGUGUUUUCAGUAAUAAAAACAUAUUUGAAUACAAA